AUGAUUCGUUUACGUGGCGGAUGCAACAACUGUCGGCGUCACCGGAAAAAGUGUGACCAGCAGCGACCCUGCUGCACGCGCUGCAAGAGCCGGGGCUAUGAAUGCUCCGGCUACUCGAAUCCACCGCGGUGGGUAAAUUACGCUGCAGAUCCGACUGUGUCUUCGAAUCCAGCCCCUCAGGAUGUCACGUCGAGCCUGGCGCUUCCUGCACCGCCACCCAAGUAUGAGACACACAUGACACAGCCUCUCUUUCAACAAUAUGUAAACUACGGACUGAGAAUGUUUUGCAAAGGGUAUUCCAAGAGCUGGAUCCAGCCUUACUUCGUCGACAUGUCGACACAAAGCCCCUCUGUCCUGAUUCUUUCUGCUGCUAUACAGUUAUACAUAAACCAAGGCUCUUCUGUGCCAGCUCUGGAAUGCGUCGAUCUUGCCUUGAGGACAUUUCGCUACGAAGUUGUCUCAUACCGGGACACAGUGAGCGCUGGUACUCUCUCAGCCGGUGUCUUGUUAUGUAAAUUGAAUUUUCUGCAAGCUCAGCCUUGUACGCCAUACAUCUGUAUGAUGUCGGAAGUCUAUCACUUGAAUACUCAAAUGAACUUUCUGGUCUUGCAACAAAACGUUGUUGUCCGACACGCCCUUGAGCUUCUGGCUGUCAUGGACAUUCCACAAUUUGUCCUUGGAAGAGUUUGCCCUUCUCUUGGUCUCUGGAAACGCUUCCGUGAAGCCCAAGAUACUUGGGAAGGCGGCAGACUGAGGGGAAUAGAGGUGGUUUCGGGAAUGCCCAUGGACCUUCUAGAUAUAUUCGCCGAUGCGGCGCAUGACGAUACAGAGAAUCUAAUCCUCCGCUUAUCGGAGUGGGAAUGGCAAGGUGAUACCGCCGAGUAUCUCCAGUAUAAUCUGUGGGAUGCCUGGCGGCUGGCUGGUAUCGUAGAUCUUAGGAGACGAGAGCGGUGCAGGAGAAGACUGCAGAAUACACAAGCUGAUUAUGACGCAGACGAAUCUUGUGCAGAUACUUCUGUCCUCGACCGCUUGAUGGCAGUUAUUUCCAUCAUCUUCGACGACUCACGUCUCCCAAAGUACAGGCACGUACUCAUCGGUCUUAUAUUCCCCCUCGUUGUGGCUAGCCUGGAGGUGCCUUAUCUAAAGCGACAUACCAGGGCGAAGCAAAUAGUGGACGAUGUACAGAACGCAAUCAAAGCCGAACGCACGUAUAAUCUAACCAAAGUUGUGUUCCGAAUACUUGACGAUGCUUGGAAUGAUGGGUCAUCUUGCUACGAUAUAGACGCAAGGGCGCGAUUUCAGGGUGUAGAAGUAGCUCUGAUGUAG